GAAGAAAUGAAAGAGGAACCUUGCAAAAACUUCCCACAAGACCCAGGCAUCUCCAGUGACUGGGAAAUGUGACCUUCCUAUUCAGAAACAGUAUACAUAAAGACUACAAAACUUAUAAAUGACACCCUUGCUCCUGGAGGUUUUCAGAAAUUGAUCAUUAGAUUCAGGAGGCUAAAGCAGGAGUUUUGUGUGAGAAGGUCAUAGGGUGUCAGACAGAGAUGACUGUAAACCACUAACUUGCAGAGGACAAAAAGCAAAGUAACAAGCAGCGCUCUCAGUGUGGUGACAAGGACACACACCAUGGAGCAUGCGUUUUCUGACUCUGAGGAGGAUGAAGAUGUUCAGUUUCAUUCCAGACAAGAAUGAGAAAAUGUCUGAGAGCAGCCGGUCUGUGGAAUCCCUGUUGCUUGCUGACCAAUCCAACAGUCCGACAGAAGAAAAGAUGACAGCAGACAGCUCAGACACAGACCUAGAGAUUGAAGAUAAUGAGAGGUCCUUUGCAACCACGAAGGGUGAGGAGCUAUAUCUGGAGGCUUGCAAACUUGUAGGGGUGGUGCCUGUGUCUUACUUCAUUAGGAACAUGGAGGAGCCUUACAUGAACCUGAACCAUCAUGGUCUAGGACCCAAGGGUGCCAAAGCCAUUGCCAUUGCACUAGUGUCCAACACCACUAUUAUUCAUCUGGAGCUGGAAGACAACUGGAUUCUGGCUGAAGGAGUCAUGUGUCUGGUGCAGAUGCUGCGAGAGAACUGCUACAUUCAAGAGCUGAACAUUUCCAAUAACCACCUAGACACAGAAGGAGCAGAAGCCAUCUCCAGGAUAUUCCUGGACAAUAUUUCUAGUCUCCGGGCUGUUCAGCUCUCAGGAAACAACUUUAGGGAGGAAACUGCACAAUUCUUCGCUGAGGCACUACUGGGCAAUUACCGAGUGAAAGAGCUGGACCUCAGCCACAAUGAGUUCUCUGAGAAGGGAGGAGAGCAUCUAGGACAGCUGUUGGCCAACAAUGAAAUACUGGAAUUUCUGAACCUGAGCUGGAACCACUUGCGGCUGAAGGGGGCUGUGGCAUUGGGUGCAGGUCUCAGGGCCAAUGGAACACUGAAGAUACUUGACCUCUCAUGGAAUGGUUUUGGGAAUGAGGGGGCUGUGGCCCUAGGAGAAGCUCUGAAACAGAACAACACUCUGGUCCUACUGGAUAUCAGCAGCAAUCAUAUCAACAAUGAAGGGGCAGGAAAGCUGGCAAAGGGGCUAGAGGAAAAUGGAAAUCUCAAAAUCCUGAAGAUGACUCAGAAUCCCUUAACUGUAGAGGGUGCCAUUGCACUUGUCACAUCCCUCAGGAAGAAUCCAAAAUCCAAGAUGGAAGAGCUCAACAUCUCAAAUGUGAUUGUGAAUGGAAGCUUCCUCAAACUGCUAGAUGCUGUGUGUCAGGUGCACCCAGAAUUAGAUGUCAUCUAUGGUGAUGUUCAAGGCUUCAUCUCCAAGAAACCUGAACAGCGUCCAGACCCCAUGAAGGUCAUUCAGAAUUACUUGGAUGAACACAAGUUGAGACUCUGGGAUUUCUUUAGGAACAUGGACAAAGAUGGAAGUAUGAAGAUCCCUGUGGCAGAGUUCCGGAAAGCUAUGAUGCAGCAAUCAAGAAUUCCACUGGAUCGAGCACAGAUUGUGGAAUUGGUACACAAGUUGGACCAGCACCGGACAGGGAUGGUGGAUUAUAGUUAUUUAAAAGAGAAGCAGCCAACAGAGAAGCCUAAAGAAGAGGAGGAGGAACCUUAGCAGAGAAGCCAAGAGGGAGGUCAGCUGUUGAAAAGUGGAAGGUUAAGUGAUGGAAAGACGCUAAAACAAAGUGACCUAUGACUUGGGAAAGUAGAGGAGUGGGGGAUAGUCAAAGCUACUGAAUCUAGAAAAUA